UCGGAGGGGGCCGGUAAAAUUAGACGGCGAAGCAUGCACGAGCGGACGACGUUGCCGGGCCUUGGGCACGCCCAGUCGCUGCCGCAUCUGGCCGACGCCCAGAAGGAGCUGCCAAAUUCGCAGAGCGCGCUGGGUCUUGUGUCGCCGCCCAAGAAGCUCAAGAAGAAGCGGACGCUGGCACCGCUGCCGCCGCCAGUAAGCCGCCCGACGUCGCCCGCCAAGCUUCUCUCGAUGCGCCUCGAUACGAGCCAGGACAGUGCGUUCCAAGCGCUCCUUUCAGCAACGCACGAGCACUUGGCCGCGGGCGACGUCGACGAAGCGACAAAGCGGACACUAGACCUCCUCCAGCACGUCGAGAACAAGCACUAUGCGAGCUUGCACUUGCGGCAAGCGCACGUGACCGCGCUCCAAGAGGUCGAGCGCGCGCUCGAGCAGCUCGAGCACGAUGCCGGAACACGGCGCCAGGCGCAGCGCCACGCCGCCAACGAGAGCAUGCACGCGCUGUCUGCCUUGCUGCUUGCGCCGUCCACUUUCGAGCUUUCGCCGGCUCGCGCGCUCAUGGCGUCGGUCGCUGGCGCCUACAAGCACGCCGGCGACACCCGCGCCGAGUGCAUCGGCGCCUUUGAGCAUCUGCUCUUGGGGAAUCAUGGUCUCUCGGCGGCGCAGGACGCGUUUGAAGCCGGCGACAUUGACCGCGCCCUCGCCCUCGCGAGUGACGCGACGGCGUCCUAUGCGCGCUACCAAGCCUCCGCCCACUUUGCCCCGUGCCAGCUUUUGCUAUCGCUCGGGUCGCGUGACGUCGCCUGGUCCCAUGACGCCCAUGAAGAGGUGUACCGUGUUUUGGACCAGCGACUUGCAUUGGCGGCCGAAGCAGCCUUUGUGCAGCGCGGGCUCGUCAUUCUGAGCGCGUCUUUGGAGGCUUCCAAGUCGAGUUUGGCGGCCAACGACCCGGACUGCGCACUCGACCACUUGCGACGCUGCGAACGCUAUCGGCUCUGGCUCGGCGACCGAGCGAGCCUGUCGGCGUCGAUCGUAGCCAGUUUGGAAAAAAAGUACACCAAAGCCAAGCUGCUGCUGCCACUGACUCGCCUCGAGACGCUCAAUGAGUUUGAGCUCAGCCGCGUGAUUGCGCUCUGGUCAAGCGUCGCCAAGGACGUCGAGACCGCAACGAUGCUUGUCGCCGAGGGUGCCAUCGCCAAGCUAACAACCACGGCGGUCAUGGUUGCGCCAAAACCAAGUCUCUUUGCGUCGCUGAUGCAGCUAUGGGCCGCCAUCCUCACUGCGAGUGCCGCGAGCGACCAAGUGUUCGUUGCCGAGGCCCUGCGCUGGCUGCUCGAGGUCCUUACGCACGCGGCGUCGUCCCAGGACAAGCGGCUAUGCUUGCGUUACCUCGUGCAGUGGAUGACGGCGCGGCCGCUGCUGCACCACGUCGUGGGCAAAGGCCGAUUUUUGACGGUGUGGGGGCGCGACCGUGAUGCGAACCUCGGCGACGUCGACCUCAUGGCGGCGUACGUGCAAGUGUGGCAGCAUUUCCUAAGCCUGCACGCCAAGUGUCUGCACGACGACCCGCGCAGUCUGCCCUUGUUGACCGCGAUCUGGACGCGGCACGUUGCCAAGCUCGAUGUCGCAACGCUCUGCUUGGACGUGGCAACCACGUGCUUUCGCAGUGGCCUCGCACCGAGCCGCGCCGUCGACGCCAACGUUGUCGGCGCCAUCACCACGAUGCUUCAAGUCCAUAACAAGCUACACGGCAGUGUGCUCCAGCACAUCGUCACGCUGCUGCAAGUGCUUCUACCAGCGGAAAAGAAGUGCUUGGCCAAAGCCCGAGCUCAGAGAGAUGUGCUCCUUCCGCGGCUCAUUGGCCUCGAUGGUGUCAUCCCGCUAUAUGACCUCAUUGCGGCCACCGACUCUGCGAGCACGCGCAAUGUCCUCGCUGUAGGCUCUUCCUGACCGCGCCAACCGUAGCUUCUGCAAGAGCACAUGCAUCC